AUGGAAAAGAAGAAGAAGAGUGAGAGUCUCAAGCUGGUGAAAAUAAGAGACGCCAUUAAUCUCAUUAACCAAGAAGUGAAUCUGCUUGGUGUCGUCAUUGAACGAAGAGAACCCAAACAAUGUCGCAAUAAAGCUUGGAUCUGUACGCUACGGAUAAUUGAUGAUUCGUACCAUGAACCUGGACUUACAGUAAACGUGUUUAGUAACAAGAUUGAAGAGCUUCCUGAUAUCAAGAACAAGUACCACAAUGACAUGAUUCUGUUUACACGAAUCAAGAUGCAAUCUUUCGGCGGUGAUGGAAAAGGAGUAAGUGGUGCCUGUAGACAACGGGCCUCUUCCUUUGCAGUGUAUGAAGGAAGAAGAAGACAAGAGUUACAAGACGGAUUUGUAUGUUACCAAUACACUUCGAAUUUUCUUGAAGAAGCGCAAUACAAGAGUUCCAUUGCUUAUCUAGGCAAAGUGUUUGCCAGUAGCAGCAGCUAUGAUGAAGGUGACAACAUUUUGAUGUGA